AUGCAAUUAUUUCUAUCACUUUUAGAUCAUAAUAUUAAUGAAAUGAUUGAUAAUUUUAUGCGGCAUUUACAAAAUCGAAAUAAAAAAGUCAUACCAGAUAUUGGUGAAUUUUUAAUAAAAAUUGCUUUAUCAAAUAAAUAUCAAUUUGAUGAAAUUAGAAAAUAUAUUCAUGAAGAAUAUUUUGCUCGACAAAUUCUUUGGAUUGAACGAAAGCGUGUUGUUGAAAACCUAUUCGAUAUCAAACCGAGAGAUUUAUCCAAUAUAUUCGAAGCUGCAAAAGUAUCAAAUCACCUAUUAGUAUUCAAUUUGGAAAUGGCAGAAACAUUCAUUUUUUCCGGUGUUAAAGAAUAUUUGGAUCGAGCAUAUGGAUAUCCGCCUGAUAAUAUAGUUGAAAAAUUUCAACAACGCUUAAAAGCUAUAAAAGCAAUCGAUCGAUAUAGUGAGUUUGUUCGAGCCGUAAAAAUGAACGAUACUAUUAAAACACCAGAUGCUAUGAUUGAUUUCAUAAUAAGUUCAGUAGAAAUCUCAAAUCAGCAAGGCUAUACACGGAUACAACCAGCUUUUAGAGGACAAAGUCGGCGAUCUUAUCAAUCAAUCCAAGAUGAUCAACAUCUAAAAUAUCAGGAUAAGCGACAGAAACGCUAA